GGAAAGAUGGAAGAGCUGAGUCAAGCCCUGGCUAAUAGCUUUUCUGUGUCCCAAGAAUUGAAUAGCACAGCAGCCCCACACCCCCGCCUGUCUCAGUACAAGUCCAAGUACAGUUCUUUAGAGCAGAGUGAGCGGCGCCGACGGUUACUGGAACUGCAGAAAUUCAAGCGACUCGAUUAUGUGAACCAUGCCAGAAGACUCGCUGAAGAUGAUUGGACAGGAAUGGAGAGUGAGGAGGAGGAGGAAGAUAAGAAAGAUGAUGAAGAAAUGGACAUUGACUUUGUCAAGAAGUUACCAAAACGCUAUGCUAAUCAGUUGAUGCUUUCGGAAUGGUUAAUUGAUGUCCCUUCAGAUUUGGGACAGGAAUGGAUUGUGGUUGUGUGCCCCGUUGGAAAGAGAGCUCUGAUUGUGGCCUCCAGGGGUUCUACCAGUGCCUAUACCAAGAGUGGCUACCGUGUCAACAGAUUUCCCUCCCUUCUGCCAGGAGGCAACAAGCGAAGCUCAACAACAGGAAAAGACUACACCAUUCUGGACUGCAUUUACAGUGAAGUAAACCAGACCUACUAUAUUCUGGAUGUGAUGUGCUGGCGGGGACACCCUUUUUAUGACUGCCAAACGGAUUUCCGAUUCUACUGGAUGCAUUCAAAAUUACCAGAAGAAAAAGGUCUGGGAGAGAAAACCAAGCUGAAUCCGUUUAAAUUUGUGGGACUCAAGAAUUUCCCAUGUACCCCUGAGAGCCUAUGUAAAGUGUUGUCGAUGGAUUUUCCUUUUGAGGUGGAUGGGCUUCUAUUCUACCACAAGCAGACUCACUACAGCCCAGGAAGUACGCCCUUGGUGGGCUGGCUGCGUCCGUACAUGGUGUCAGAUAUUCUUGGUGUUGCUGUGCCAGCUGGACCACUCACUGCCAAGCCAGAAUACGCUGGGCGCCAGCUUCAGCAGAUUAUUGAGUAUAAAAGGAGCCAGAAGGAGGAAAAAAAUGAAAACCUCAUGAAGAAUGUGUCUAAGAGUGGGUGCUAUGAGUUGGAGCACCUGUCUACGCCUAAGUCGAAGAGCCCUCCCCAUGGCCCGGAGCACUCUGAGGCCCUAAUGGAGAACUAA